AUGGAAGGCAGCCAAAUUGUUGUGGUUCAGUCUAACAAAGCAUCUAUGAUAGCACUACCAGAUAAACUUAUCAAUGACUUAGACUUGCCAGCAAAGUUAUUUGAAAGCUCUGGUACACCUGAUAUUCAAACUAGCUUCAAUGGUCAAGAGGCAAAACGUUCCCUAAGCAAAGCAACGAGGGAGAGGGAAAGUUGAUACAGAGGUCAAAACAGAGGACACUGUUACCACAAUCAAAACAGCAGAGUGUGAGGAAAUUGAAAAAGCACCUGACGAAACACGUCCUGUGUACUCCAUCUCCACUUUUUGGAAUGAGAUGGAGAAGCUGACCAUUAAUGACAUUUUGCGACUGCGUAUGGUCAGUGAUGCCCAACAGUCCACUGUUCUCCCCCAGCCACCGGAGAGCGAGGCGGCCGACACCUCCGAUGCCACAGACUCAGGCUACUUCACGCACCUGGACGACUCUGAACCUGACCGCUCCAGUGGCGACAUCUUGAUGAAGAAUUCGCUCAAAAUCGGAUAA